GCAGCGCUCGGUCGACAGCGUGCACGACAGUUGAGGGCACGCUAGGUUCUAUGUUGGCGACGAUCCGCGCCGUGUCAAUAUGGAUUGAAACGCUCCUCUAUGGCGUACAUGCCUGCCUCUUCUUUGAGUGCAUGUACCUUCUCAAGAAAAGAGGGACGUUGAAGACCAUGGCGGCGACGGUAUUCACGUACGCGAGUAUCGCAUUGUUCAUAGUCUCUACCAUACAUACUGGCUUGAACCUCGCUCGUUUCAUCAAGACUUUCGUCCUGCUGCAGGGUACGCAGGAGCAGACCACGUAUUGGACGAACUUCGCUUCGGGCGAAGUCCUCGCAUAUUAUGUCCUCACCGCGAUACAAACCUGGAUUGGUGAUCUUCUCAUAAUAUACCGCUGCUGGUUUGUAUAUAACAAGAACUACAUGAUCAUAAUUCUUCCCUUCGUUCUUGUCCUGUCAAGCUUUAUAAUCAGCAUACUCCUCUGGACGAACUCCGUUACGAACAUGAGCGCGUUGACUGCGCUCUCGAAUGCUAUAUUCCCCCUCAGUCUCUCGCAGAACGUACUCACGACGGGCGCCAUUCUCUACAAGAUUCUCAGACAACACCGUCGCAUGAACUCGCUAUCCGUCGACUCCGCUCACUCCUUCUCAAGCAUGCUCACCGUCGCCCGGUUGAUCAUUGAGAGCGCGGCCCUUUAUCUGGUGGCCAUGCUCCUGCUCGUUAUAUUCUACUUUACUGGAAACGACGCUGCCGAAGUCUUCCAAGCCUGCAUCACUCCGACCAUAGGCAUCAACUUCACCCUCCUCUCCCUCCGCCUCGCCACCAUCACCGACAGCGACGCCUGGGGCUCGCGCCCCACGCCCCACGCCGCCCACUCCCGCAGCACUGUCGCGAACGUCCGCUUCCGUACCAGCGACUGGCGGACGCAUGAGAGCGGCGACUGGCAGACGCCGGAUAGCUGGGACACCGACGGCCGCACGCGCGGCGGGGAGACGGAGCUGCAGGUCAAGACUAGCGGGCGGGAGUUGGCGGGCGGGCUUGAGUUUGCGCCCGCGCCGUCGACAGUGAAGGGGUCGAUGCUGCGCGAUCCGGCGUUGAGGAUCGAUUGAGGGGUAGAUGGUGGUGCUGCGCGCGCGGCGGCCCGGUCCCGCUGCACCGCGAUCUCAGUCUUGAGUGCUCUCCUCAAUAACGAGACGCGCCGAAGGAGGAUUUCGGAGGAGGGUUUUGGAGGAUGUAGUCUCGCAAUGUUCGACGCGGGUAUAUAUUGUACAUCAUCAUUCAGUUACGGACGGCGCUGCAAGGACUUCCUGCGGUAUCUAAUGUAGACUAGCUGUGUCAUUUGGGAUGUUUGCGCGCGUCUAUAUCAGUACCCUCGCGGGGUUGGGAAUCUGGUAUCCUAUGGCUUGUCAAAG